GAUGGGGCUCCGGUUUCCACUGACUUCCUUUGUGAAGGAACUCCUCAACGCCUACAAUCUGUGCAUAAGUCAAAUCUCUCCGAAUUCUUGGGGAAGUAUCAUCGCUGUUCAGACCUUAUGUGCUAUGUUGAGCGUCCGACCGACGAUUAGACUGUGGCGCAAUAUGUUCAAGCUGGUCGAGAUGUCGGCCGGAGACAACGGUCCAGGUUGGUGGUAUUUCCAGGCCCGACAGGGGUACAAGGUAGUGCUCGACCUGCCCACGUCUCAAAAGGGCUUUAGGAGGGAGUUUGCCUUCGUGUUUUUUGGAGGGGACUGGGGUAUCCCCACAGUCCGACCGGAUGUCGAGCCCAACCACGAACUUAAUUUCAGGGUUCCUGAGAUGUCCGAGGAAGAAGCCGUUGCGGCCAUAUACAUGCAGACUGAGGCCCAAAUUGUUCAAGGAGGGGAGGUGUACGUGGCCAGCAAUUGGAUUCCGAGUUGCCGCCUAUUCAAAAGCGAGCACCUUCUGUCGGCUGUUGGGCUGAGCCGGACAUUCCCCCGGGGUAAUCGGCCGAGGGGGUUACUUUACAUGUUUUUCUUGUUUAUGUUCACAGCAUUAUAACUAUGUUUCCGCUUUGCAGCUUGUUCUUUGACGCGCCUCUUGGAAUCCGACCCUGAAAUGGCUGAGAAGUUGAACUACGCAGCAAUGAGGGCGGCCCAGCUCAAAGCCGAGUUGAAGGCAAAGAAAAUCGGAGUUCCCAACCCUCCAAAGAUCCGUCGAAGCCCAAGGCUUCGAAGAAAAGGAAGGAGCGGGAUCCGCAUAAGGUAGCCAAGACCGAGAAGGCGCUGGCCAAGGCUCAGGACGAAAAGGCUAAAAAAGCCAAAUCAGGCGAAGUCAAUAGUCCCCGACCGGAGGAGCGGGCAGACAGGUCUGAGGGGACUCGGAUUUCGGUCCACUCUGAGGAUUUCCGAUCGGUUCAGAGUCCUCAAUAUACGCCGGCCACUCCUCGCCCUCAUGAUGACCCGGAGGAGCUCAACCUUGCGUUGGCCAAACCGUUCGCCGAAUUGGAUGCCCACGGGCUCGACACCCGUUGGAUGAAUGCGGUCGAGUGCCUGUACAGUCCCACCGACCGGGAGUACAUUGCGCAGUCCAGCGGCCCGGAGGAGACGAACGACCUCUUCCGUAGCUGGGUUGAGUUUUCCGCUCGGCUGGUCAACGUGGCUCGGAAUAAGGUGCAUCUGGCCGACAAGGUCUCUGACUUGGAGGCACGAGGCAAGAAGCACUACGAGGAACUCCGCGCUGCUAAGGAGGGCCAAAGGAUAGCUGAGGCCGACCUCGUCAACGCCAAACGCUGCAUCGACCGUGACCAGGAAGACUUUAAGGCCGAGCGGGCGCAGUGGGACUUGGCUAAGCAGAAGCUCAUCACGGAGAGGGAUGAAGCUGUGAUCGCCAAGACGGCUGCUGAGGCCCGAGUUACGGAGGCGGAGGGCAAGAUCACUGAGCUGCGGUUCCAACUGGCCGAGCUGGAAAAGGCUCCCAAGACCGAGGAUCAAUGGUUUGCGGGUUGGAAGGAGACCAAGGCCUGCGAACUGUUCGUCAAUGAGGUCGGUUCAACUGCCCAGAAAAUGGGGGUAGAUGACGCCCUCAAACGGAUGAAGGCGGCCUUGGAGAGAUCGCAUCCUUCUCUCUCUUGGUCCGAGGUCAUGGGGAGCUAUGAAGCUCUUUUGAAGGAGGAGGAUCAGGCCAUACUUUCCGAGCUGCAAAUCGCCCUCUCGGAUGAUGAUGAUGAUGAUGAGGAUGCGGAGGCAGCUGAGGAGGAUCAGGGCCAAGGGGUGGCCAGGUCUGAGGAGCACCAUGGGAGUACUAAUGAUCAGACCGACGCCCCUGUAGCUUAGGCUUUGUUUUGACUUGUAUUUUGCUUUUCUUUUUGCAUUUAACCUUGGUAGUACCAAGGUUUUAGGAUGUAAUAUUUUUCUAACUUAAUGAAAGUCUCUUUUUAUUUUAUCCGAGCGCCUUUUAUGAUUGUCAAUUGCAAUUUUUGCUUCAAGUAUAGAUUCUCGAACUGGUUAAGUUUUGCUUGAUAGUACUGGUCGGAUUUAACUCGAACAACUUGUGAUUGAAACUGGUUAAGUUUCGAAGACUAUAGUUGAUCGGGCUACAUUCGAGCAACUAAAACUGGUUAAGUUUAAUUUUGAACAAUUG